UCUGCGAAAAUUUUCUUUAAUUCGUUGUAUUUUCGCUCAAAAUAGCAUCAGAUCUCAGAUAUUUUCCUUCUAUUUUCUGCUAAAAAUCUCAGUCGAUAGUUCGGAAUGCUGCUUUCUUGUUUCGGAUUAGGGCUAGUUCUAGCAAUCGAGCUUAUAUUGUGAUCCAUGAGAUCGAGCUUCUGUUUUCAUUCAAUAUCUACUUGUUCGAUCUAAGAUUAGUGAGAUCGGCAAGAAAUUGGAAAUAUAUUGGUAAAAUCAGUGGAUUCUUUGAGUUUUUGUAGGCUGCGAGCUCAUAUUCUCAUUUCUGGUGUCGAUAAACUUGAGCAUUCUUGGCGUUCCAUUUCACUUGCUCGGGGUCUGCAGGUUGCUGUUCUGCUCUUACUCAGUUUCCAUGGAUAGCUCAGGAGGAGAAGCAUCUGAGAUAAGUGAUUCUGAGAUAGAUGAGUAUGAGGAUAAAUCAUACAAAUGCCUUAAGAGCGGUGAACUUAAAGUACAAAUAUCAGACAACUCUUACAAGUGUCCUUUUUGUACGGGGAAAAAGAAACAGGACUACCGUUACAAGGAAUUAUUUCAGCAUGCAAAUGCAAUCGGUACAUCGUCUAAUCGCGGAGCAAAAGUGAAGGCCAAACAUAGAGCUUUAGCAAAUUACAUGAAGAAUGAUAUUGAUGAAACAAGCUCAUCUUUGCAGUUGAUGGUUGUAGCACCUGAGCCUCCUGAGCCAGCAGGGGAAGAUAUUUUUAUGUUUCCUUGGAUGGGUAUACUAGUCAAUGUUCCAACUGAGUGGAAGGAUGGUAGAUAUGUUGGCGGAAGCGGAACUAAGCUGAAAGAACAGUUGUCUAGAUUUCAUCCCUUAAAAGUUACUCCUCUAUGGAACUAUAGAGGUCACACUGGUAAUGCAAUUGUCAGUUUCAGCAAGGACUGGAGUGGCUUUAAAGAUGCAAUGGCAUUUGAAAACAAUUUCGAAACCAAGCAUUUGGGUAAAAAUGAUUGGUAUGAGAAGAAGCACCAUUCGCCUGAGAUAUAUGGAUGGGUUGCACGAGCUCAUGAUUACAAUUCUGGGGGUCCAGUAGGGGAGUUCUUGCAAAAAAAUGGAGAUUUGAAAACUAUAACUGAUCUUACAAAUGAAGAAUCCCGGAAAACAGACAAACUUGUAGCAAAUUUGGCUAAUGAGAUUGAGAUCAAGAAUAAACAUUUACAAGACUUGGAAUGCAAGUAUAAUCAGACAAAUUUGUCCCUUGAUAAAGCAAUGGAAGAGAAGGAGGCGCUACUUCAAGCUUAUAAUAUAGAAAUACAGAAGAUGCAAUGCCUAGCUCGGGAUCAUUCCCGACGGAUAUUUGAGGAGAAUGAACGUUUACGGUCACAGUUGGAUUCCAAACGAAAGGAACUCGAUGAUAGAUGUAAGCAACUUGACAAGCUGGUUGCUCAGAGUGACAUGGAGAAGAGCAAACUGGCUGUUGAGAAACAGAAGAAUGCAAUGAGAAAUAGCUCACUUGCAAUGGCAUCCCUGGAACAGCAAAAAGCUGACGAAAAUGUCUUGAAGCUCGUUGAAGAACAGAAGAAAGAAAAAGAGGCUGCACUGAACAAAAUAUUGCACCUGGAAAAGCAGUUGGAUGCAAAACAAAAACUAGAACUGGAAAUACAACAGUUGAAAGGAAAAUUAAAUGUAAUGAAAUAUAUGGGAGGGGAAGACGACACUGGCGUCAAGAAAAAAAUGGAAGAAAUGAGCGAGGAACUGCAAGAUAAAAUUGAAGAAAUGGAAGGCCUGGAAGCUCUUAAUCAAACUCUAGUUGUCAAAGAGCGGAUGAGCAAUGAUGAACUUCAAGAUGCUCGUAAAGAACUCAUGACAGUUUUAACUGACAUGUUGAGCAAUCGUACUUUGAUUGGAAUAAAGAGGAUGGGCGAACUUGAUGAGAAAGCUUUCCAAAUCGCAUGUAGACGCAAAUUUGCAAAAGUUGACGCAGAUAUCAAAGCUGCAGUGUAUUGUUCAGAGUGGCAAGAGCAUUUGAAGAAACCAGAUUGGCACCCAUUCAAAGUAAUUACUGAUGGUGACAAGAUUCAGGAAGUAUUAAAAGAGGAUGAUGAGAAACUGGUUGCUUUGAAAAAGGAGUUGGGGGACGAGGUCUACAAUGCAGUAACCACUGCCUUGACAGAGAUCAAUACUUACAAUCCCAGCGGCAGAUAUGUGAUUCCAGAACUGUGGAACUUCAAGGAGGGGAGGAAAGCAUCAUUGAAGGAGGUUAUUCAAUAUAUCCUGAAGCAAUUGAAAACACUGAAAAGGAAGCGAGGGUGACUGUUGAAUGGAAGAUUUCGUGCACAUAUUACGGCACUUGGAAGAUUCUGCUGUAUCUAUAAAUCUCUAAUGCGAGGUUUUCUCAUUUCUUCUAAUUUAUUCUAUGGACAUAUGCGGGUGGCUAUAUGGCCAUCUUAGAUGCUUUGAGAAAGGCAAUCCUCUGUGCGCUGCAGAAACUUCUUUCUUUUAUGGACUCUUUUAUCACCAAUAAGUACAGCAUUUCGGCUAGUGUAAAGAAUCAGACUGUAACCUGAGACUUGAGAAGCAUUGGAUUUUAACUCAUUAAAAAUUGAUCUGUCUAGUAGUUUCUUAUA